UAAUUUCAUUUCAUGUUCAUUAGAUUUCGCGAUGCAAAUGAUGUAGGGUUUCGAAUGGUCUUAUAAGUUACAAAUGGAAAUGAAAGAUCAAAUUCUUUGUCCCUUCUCCCCCACCUUGGUUAGAUAACCGAACGCCGCUCGGCGGAUGUAUGAAUGUAUUAAGAAAUGAAGUGCCUGGUUAGAGCCCAAUGCUGUUUUAAUGUGUCGAUGGAAUGCCCGUGCCCUUUAGUUACACUUUUCAUUUUCUUUUAUUUACUUUUCCUCUACCAUAUUGAAGACUAUAGGUGCCUAAAUUAGGUGUAUAGAAAUAAAAAUCCUCCAUGCUAUCAGAACCUUCAACCAGUAAUGGGCAAAGAGUAAAAUUUAUUUUCUAAUCAUUUUCCAUUUGUCAGUGGUGGGGCAAAAUCUGGGGUUUAUUUUGCAGCUCCAGUUGAAUCGUAUUUCUUCACUAAAUGGGUGUCGAGUAAUGAGAAAUUUGUAAUGUAGCUGACGACGAUACGGCUUUGUAUGAUUAGGCUAACAAAUUCUUUGUGUGUUAAUGUUGUCUGUACAAAAUGGGUUGUGUGUGUUGUUCUCUAAGUUCAUUCGUCUCAAUUGUCCUAGAUGCUCUCGAAAGAAUAUCACUAUGUACGGUAUGUGCAAUGUUAACGUGUUGUCUGCUAUUCACAAUUUUAACUGUGAUGGUCUUAGGUAUUGGAAUCGGAUACCAUUACUGUUUUGUACAAAAUUCUGUGGAUGCUAUGGCGAAAGCUGCAAAAGCGGCAGGAGCGUUGCGUUCGGGCGCCGAAACGCGCCGCCAGGGCAACGUGAUGCGCUCGGUGGACAAGGCGGUGGCGCGAGGAUUUGCCCAUCGUCUAGCGCGUCGUGAAAUUGAUACUCCUGAAGUGGCCAGUAAUAGCACUGACAACAAACAACAAGCCAGCACCAUGCCUCACAUAAAUUUCACAACGUUCAACGUAACCAAUGUUACCAGCAUCUAAAUAUGUAUUUUGUAUUAAAGUCUGUAAGCGUAACUUUCAAUAAAAAUCUCAUAAUUAUUAAAUACUUUAUU